AUCUACUUCAACAGAACAGAAAAUUAGCCAACAACCUUCCAUGAGGCCAUCAAUAUCUCCUUCAAUAGAAAGUAAAAUUUCAAAUGAUGAUUCAGAUGAGGAUUUAGAUACUCCUAAAAGAAGCAAAACAAAUGAUGAGAAAGAUGCAGAUCAAAAUACUGAGAAAAAAGGACUUACGGACAUUGAAAGUCUACCUAAAGCUGCAAAUGUUCCUACUACAGUGUCAUCUAAAACCYUAGGACUAGGAUUGAAGAARUCAUUGAACCUGCUUGAACCUACAGAAUCUGAUUCACCAGAAACUAGUGAAGAACCAUUACCAACAGCAGCAUCRCCAACAGCUUCUAAAGAACCUGCUCAGCCAGCAUUUGUAAAUGUUUCUAAGUUAAGCAAUGAUGAYGUCAAUUUGGAUGUAAAUGACAAACCUACUGGAAGAGGAAGUGYUGUGUUGAGUGGUCAUGUGACGGCAAGGCCUCAGCUAAAUCAAAGUACUGCAAGUGUAGUAGCAUCACCAGUUCCAACAAAGGCAUCUUUAGGUUCAAUUAAAUCUAGUGUAGCAAUCACGUCACCAAGCAAAGGUCCAACAGGAUUACAUAUUGCCACUAAGAAACCAUCAAUGAAAACUACUGAAGCUCCACCUACUCUACAAGUAUCRGCAGGACGUAAUAAAGUUCUUACUUUACCGACCAACAGUAUUGAACUGUAUGCUAGUGCAUUUCCUAAAGAAACUGCUGGCAAUCCAUAUGCAUAUCACUGGCAGCAAAUCUCAGCUCCUCAAGACAGUCAUGGCUACAUGGAAGGCAAGGAUACUAGAAGAGUCAUUUUGACAAAGUUAAGCCAUGUUGGAGUUUAUCAAUUCAAAGUUACUGUCAAAGGGACAAAUAACGGYGCUUUUGGUUUUGCMUUUGUGAAUGUUACUGUGAAACCAGCACCAAGAGUAAAUAAACCACCUCGUGCUGACAUUUCUCCUAAAGAACAAGUUAUAACUUUGCCUACAAAUGGUGUGGUAUUGGAUGGGUCAAAGAGUUCAGACGAUGACAAGAUUGUACAAUACAAGUGGGAAGAGGUUAAAGGUCCUUUGAAUGAUAAGAACAAGGUGAUAUCUAGUGGUGCAGACUCACCUGUUUUACAACUCAAGUCACUAGUACCAGGCAUUUACACAUUCAAAUUGACGGUGAUUGAUUCUGAUGGAGAGAAGGACUCCACUACUGCUACAGUAACAGUCAAUGAUGAAAAAGACUACCCUCCUGUGGCCAGGGCWGGYAAUGAUGUCGUCCUAACUCURCCUGUCAAUCAUGUGACCCUGAAUGGUAACAGCAGCACUGACAACAAGGGUAUUGUAAGCUAUGAGUGGAGUAAAGCACCAUCUAGUCCUGCAGUAGGUGACAUGCAAGGAACAAACUCACCGUUCCUCAAAGUCUCAAAUAUGGUGGUUGGUGACUAUACAUUUAUAUUAAAAGUAACAGACACUGGUGGGUUGUCAUCUACUUCUAAAGUUACUGUCGUAGUACAACCUGAGAAGAAUAUGCCACCUGUUGCCAAAGCAGGGUCUGAUAAGGAUCUUGUUUAUCCUGAUGAUUCUACAACAUUAGAUGCUACUGAAAGCCAUGAUGAUCAGAAAAUAGUGAAAUAUCACUGGGAACAGGAAAGUGGGCCUUCAAAAGCAGAAAUAUCAGGAKCAGAUGAUAAAAUAGCUACUGUCAAAAAGCUACAAGAAGGACACUAUGUUUUCAAGUUAACAGUAACUGAUGAUAGGGGUCUGACUGGUGCUGACACUGUAGCUGUUAGUGUCAAGAAAGAUAUUAACCAGGCACCAGUUGCCACUGCUGGACCUGAUGUUGUGGUACAUUUACCAAACAGAGCUGCUGAACUAGAUGGCUCCAAGUCUACCGAUGAUCAUGGCAUCACUAAGUACCUUUGGCUUAGAGACCCUAAAAGCCCUGCAGCAGGGGAUGUUAUCAAUAAGAGUGAUCAUCAAGCUAUCCUAAGACUGUCUAAUCUAGUGGAAGGAAUGUAUAAAUUUAAACUCACAGUUAUGGAUGCCAAAGGACUGAAAUCAAGUGAUGAAGCUCUUUUAACCGUCAAGGAAGAUGAAAACAGUGCUCACUUGGUGGAACURUACCUUGAUGUAGAUAUCACACGUUUUACAGAAGAAAAUAAGGGUCAAUUAAUUCGUAAACUUGCUGUCAUACUCGAUGUCCAAGAUGAUGAUAUUAUAGUGGAACAUUUGAAAGAAGCUGGUACAGGACACAGCAUGAUGGUAAUGUUCUACGUCAAGGGAGGGAGUAUGGCCAAAGACGGCCAAGCAGUCGCAGAAAUGCUCAAGGCCAAGAUAGAAAAUGAAGAGGGAUUUUUUGAGUUCAGGAUGUUAAAAGUUGAGCCAUACAUAUGUAGAAACAACUGUUCUUUCCAUGGCUACUGUGAUCGACGAACUAAGCUAUGCGUUUGUGAAAGUUUUUGGAUGCAAGAUAUAUUUAAAUCUAGUUUUGGGGUUAAAGAAAGUAAUUGUGAUUGGAGUAUCUUGUAUGUGACUGUGAUUAUUUUCGGUAUCGUGAUGGGUAUUGGUGGURUAAUAUGGGGAAUAUGCUUCUGUCUGGGAAGAAUCUCACGCCGUCGUCGCCGUCUUCUCGAUGACAAAGUUGUAUCAGUGGAUCCUCCUAUCUUCUCUGAUUCAACUGCUGCAGAAUCUUCUGGACGAAGACGAGGGCGAUCAAGAAGACGUCACCGUUAUGAAAUUAUUGAUGAAGAUGAUGAUGAUAAAGCUGAAAGUAUGGAAAUGUUACCGAAACACAAAUAUUCGAGUUUAACGUUAACCGAUUCCGACGAGGACAGCGAUGAAACUACACUAUUCGAAGCCAAAAAGCGAAUACCAAAUGGUUCAGUGAAUGGCUCGAUUGGUCGGAAGGCCAUGUAAAAACACAGCUUGYUCUCGAUGUUUUGUUCUCGAAUACAACACCUGGUGGUCGGCACGUGGUGGUCAACCCGUGUUUGUUAACCARUGGUGGAGAACCCGCCCUACUGCAAGUGUGGGUUAUCAACGUUAUUGCAGUUCCGCCAAUAGAAUAAUAGAUUUAUAUAUUUAUAUUGAAGUGUUUUAAGGAUUCAAAAAUUUAAAUAASACCACCARGGGGUGCCAAAAGGUUGGUUUUGGGACCCAAUGUGAAAAAAUAUUAUUUCGAUCACAGAUUAUAAGCAGAUCUAGUAUUAAUUUUCAUAGUAUCGUUAUUACAAACUGUUGGGGGGCUGUAAAUGAAUAUUCUAGAGGGUGGACCUCUUAUAUGUAUCAUCGUUAUUAUCAAAAAUGGGUUCUUUCUACAACUAAACAAGGAUCAUAGAUCCAUAUAAAAAUUUAGAGUUUAUAAGCUUAUGAAAUAGGAAUUUUCUUACGUAUUAAUCUCAUACAUUAGCAGUUUUUAUACAAUAGUCGAAUUAAUAGAAACCUAAAUAGAAAACUCGCGCCUGUUCCUCGCAUCGUGUGUCUCUCAAUCUUUACCUACCUUUAUUGUGUUCUUUUCAAACCCCCUGUGCUCUAUAACCUUUAGUUAUAACAGAGYUUUCUAUUUCUUUUAUAAAAUAGACAAAAGAAUUAACGCUGUAGUAUAGCAAAGCACGGGAUGUACUCGGAUA